AACAAAAAUCGGUCCGAGUUUGUAAGCAACGCUUACGCAUAAUGUCUUCUUGGUAAUAAAUAUUAUUAAUAUCUAUUAAAACUUCAGAGUACUAGGCGUUUGGUGGCGUUUGGUGUUUGGUACGUUUAAUGUUCGGUGGCGUUAGUUUGGUGUUAAACAGCUUCAGUUCCUGUAUCCAACAAGCAAUUGAUGAUGGGGCUGGAAAUCUGAAUUUAUAUUUUGUAUUGAAGUCAUUACUUGCUCCAUAUAACCAUUUUUUGUUUCCUGAUUAGAAGUAGAUGAAUAAAUCAUGAAACGUAAAAGUGGAGAAACCUUUUUGGAAAAUAAAGAUACAUUUGACUAUCAAAAUGAAAACAAAUAUGAAGAGAAUGAAAUGGAAGUUUUGUGUGAGCAAAAUCAAAUCACAAUCGAACCUCGAAAUAAAAAAAGCAAAUCAAAUAUUUUAGAAGAAGGGUUAUCGACAACAGACGAAGCUGAAUCUGGAAUACUUGAAAAAAUUGUACUCAGCAACUUUAUGUGUCACAAAAAAUUAGAGGUUUCAUUUGGAACAAAUGUAAACUUUGUGAUAGGAAGAAAUGGAAGUGGAAAAAGUGCAAUUUUAACUGGCAUUAUGGUUGGACUUGGUGGAAAAGCAAAUAUCACAAACAGAGGUAGUUCAUUGAAAGGAUUUAUAAAAGAAGGGUGUAGUGCAUGCAGCACAGUAGUUACGUUAAGAAACCGAGGCACUGAUGCUUUUAAACCUGAUCAAUAUGGAUCUUCAAUAAUCAUUGAGCGAAAAAUAACAGCUGAUGGCUCUUCUUCAUACAAAAUUAAAAAUAAACAAAACCAAGUAAUUUCAACCAAAAAGGAAGAACUUAUGGCAAUUCUUGACCAAUUUAAUAUACAAAUUGACAAUCCAGUUGCUAUUCUAACACAGGAUACAUCUCGAUCUUUUUUAAACACCUCAAAUGAAAAAGAUAAAUAUACGUUUUUUUUAAAAGCUACUCAAUUGGAACAAAUGACAAGUGAUUAUCAAGAGAUUCAGCAGGAGAAAGAAAUUUUAAAGGAGACUUUAAAGCGAAAAAGAGAGGUAAUUCCUGAACUACAUAAUCAAGUCAAACUCUAUGAGGAAAAGUACAAAGACUUACAACAGUUAAAAGAUAUGGAGCAAAAAGUCCAAGAGUUGAAAAAUGAAUUAGCUUGGGCCAUUGUUCGGGACAAACAAAUUGAAGUUUCAGAUAUUGAACAAGAAUUGCUUAGAUACCAAGUCAAAGUCCCCAACUAUAAAACUCAUCUAACAGAUACAGAGGCCAAACUUGAUGCAUCUCAAAAAAGUUUAGAGAAGCAUCAAAAAGAAAUAAUUUUGUAUGCAGAUGAAGUAAAUGUUAUACUAAAUGAAAAAAUGCAUUUGGAAAAAAAUCAAAGAGAAAUUCGUAAUGUAUUCAAACAAGCUCAGAAUGCAUGCAAAGAAAUUGAAUCACAAAUCAAGCAGGUAAUGGUUGAUAAAGAAUCAUUAAUCAAGGAAAUUGAAACCAUUCGAAAUGCUGCUAAAAGAGAUGUCGAAUUUGAACAAAGACAAAGGGAAGUACUAUUAUCUGAAAAGAAACGCUCUGUGCAGCAGCUUCAGUUGCAGUUAAAUACUACAAACCAACAAAUGCAACAAGUGUCAAUGGAGAUAAGGAAAAGACAAGAAUCCAAAAACAAGUUACUAAAUGAUAUUAGAGAUACUAAAAAACUUGUUGAUAAUAAAAGAAACAAACUUCAAAGUUUGGAAUCAAAUCAAAAAGAUCGAUUAUCUGUUUUUGGAAAAUCAACAGCUGCAAUUUUAGAUGGUAUUAACGAAGCUAUGAGACACGGGCGGUUUCAAAAAAAACCAGUUGGUCCAUUAGGAUCACUGGUAAAAAUUAAAGAUUAUGCAUGGGUUUUGGCAGUGGAAAAAUGUAUUGGUCAAGUUAUGCCAUCUUACGCUUGUGACAAUGGUCAAGACAUGAUAGUUUUAAAACAAAUUUUCAAUCAAAAAUGUGGUAGAGACAAACAUCCUUCUAUUAUUGUCAGCCCAUUUUCUGAUGGAAUUUAUGAUACAAGCCGUAAUAGACCAAAUCCUUCAACCUACCCAAGUGUAAUGGAUUUACUGGAGUUUGAAAACAGUGUUGUUGCAAACACUUUUAUUGAUCAGUGUGGGAUUGAAUCAAUCAUACUAAUUGCUGACCCAAAAGAAGCAAGAGAUGUAAUAUGGAAUAAUAAAAUUCGCAAUGUUAAUAAGGCAUUAAGUAUAGCAGGAGCUGAAAUAAUUGGUGGGAGAAUGUCAAAGUUUUAUCCUAACAGCCGUAAACAUGCAACAUACUUUCAAACAGAUAUUGCUCAAUUAAUGAGGGAUGCUGAACUAGAGCUGCUUUCAGCUCAGCAAUCUUUAAAAACAUUAAAUGACCAAGUUCAAAUGUGUACUAAUGAAAUGCAAAAAGAUCAGGUUGAACUUGAUAAAAUGCGUCGUAAAGUCCAACAAGAACAAGAUCUACUAAAUAACACAGCAAUGGAGAUACAAGAAAUCGAAGCUGUUGAAGUGGAAAAAAUUCCUGAUGCUGCAGAGCUGGUCAACGAUCUAACAGAGUGUGAUAAUAGUUUAGUUGUUUUUAAGCAAAAACUUAUUGAAGCCAAAGAAAUAUUUGAAGAAAAAAGUCUUGCAUAUUCUAAUCAUAAUGAGUUAAUGAAAAAAAAUGCAGAGCAGUGUCAAGCUGCAACUUUAAAACUUGAGGCUCAUCAGAAUGAUGUCAACAAUUGUGAAGCUGAAAUUCUUCAUUUGGCAAGCAACAAAAAAUAUUAUGAAAACAAAUACAAAGAAUUGAUGACUGUAAUUGAUGAGUUAUUAGUCAGGCAUAAUUCAUUAAAAAGUGAAUAUGAGACAUCACAACAGCAAGCUUUACAAUAUUGUGAAGAAAUAAAAUCUAAAAGAAAAGUCGAAAGUUUAGAGAGUGAAAUUAUUCGUUUUCAGAGGAGAAUUCAACACGAAGAAACAAAUCGUGGCAGUGCACGUGAAAUCACAGAAAAAUAUCAAAAUGCACUUACAACAUACAACAACACAAAAAAUUUGAUAGAACAACACAUCAACUUCAGAAAGUUGAUUGAGAAAGCUUUAAAGAGGCGCAGUGAGAGGUUUUUCAAGUUCCAAAAGUAUAUAACUGAUCGCGCCAGGUAUAAUUUUCUAAUGCUACUUUCUCAAAGAGGUUAUUCUGGAAAGUUAACAUUAAACCACGAAGAAAAGACCCUUACUAUUCAAGUGAAUGUGGAAAACGCAGCUGGUGCUUCCACAAAUGAUUCAAAAUCUUUAUCAGGAGGUGAACGUUCUUUCUCGACAAUUUGCUUCAUUAUGGCUUUAUGGGAGGCAAUGGAAGCUCCAUUUCGAUGUUUAGAUGAAUUCGACGUAUUCAUGGACAUGCUUAAUCGACGAAUUUCUAUGAAUAUGUUAUUAAAAUUAGCUAAAGAAACACCAGAGAGGCAGUUUAUUUUGUUAACUCCUCAAGACAUGAGCAACGUUACUAGCAGUCACAACGUCAGGAUAUUCAAACUGCAAAAUCCAGAUCGUGGUCAACUAACCAUUCCCUUUGAGCCUGAACCAAUGUAGUUAUGUAGUAUAUAUAUUUGUAUAAAAUCUUGCUUAUUUUUGUUAUUUAAUAUAUAGUAUAUAUGAUAA